AUGACUUCCCCUCGGCGUUCUCCUCGUCAGGCCGAAAAGGCAGCGGGGACCUUCGGCGAAGAUGAUCAAGUGGGCGAUGAAGCACCAAUGUCGACAAGUGAAGUUCAAGUGGCAGUGCCUAUAGGACGAGAAGGCAUAGGCAAAAGGCGAGCUUCAGACACCGAGGAGACAGAGGCAGGUCCCUCAAGCAAGAAGCAAAAUACUGAUGAUUCCGAACCCAACCCUUUGGACGAGGAAGCUCUUUUGGCCGACAUCAAGAUUGACUACUCCAAAACAAAAUCCAAAACGAAAGCAGCAAAAAUGCCUGAAAAGCAAAUAUGGGGAAAAGUGUCGGCUCCUAUCGCAGAUCGGGAGAAGGCGCCGAGAGGCUGGAACCCAGAAGAGCCUGAUCUGAUGCCCGAGAAAGUUCUUGACUUGGAUGCUCAGAUCAAGAGAUGCCAAGAGCGAAUCAAAGAUAACAUCAUGCCUCAUAUCUACAAAUCCAACCUGAAUGACUUUCUAAAAGAGAAGAAAGAGCGCGACGAAAAGAUGGCCGCAGAACCCGGAUUGAGUUGGCCCGUGGUACAACGUCUCGAAGAUCUCAAUCUUACUUUAAAGGCGCUUGAGAAAGAGGAAAUCGGACGCGAUAUGUUUGAUACGGCUCGGGCUAUUAUUGCAGAAUAUCGGUCGGGUAAAAUGGAAUGGUAUGAAGACUUGGUCACCUACUGGCAUGGUGGAGUCAAGCUCUGCGAGCCAAGGCCUUUCAAAUGGGACGAGUAUCGCUUCAUGCACGAUUGA